CUCCGCCCACUAUGAUAUAACCAAUUAUCACCAAUUCCCUGGCACCAUCACACCACCACUGGGAGACUCUGACAUCACAAGCACAUCAGUCAAAUAAGAGUGGGAGCCGUGACUGAGCAAGUCCAAAGAUGAUCCUGUGGGCUGCUUUGCUGAUGUGCCAUUUUGGGUUUGGAGGUGCUGGACCAAACCUGGGAGUGGAAAGGAUAACGGCAUGUGGUACCAAGUGUUCUCAGGGCCUCCAAUGCAAGUCCAAGCCAGCUUAUUUUGUUCCUCCUCCUUGCCGGAAGCCUACUGACGGACUUGACGUGACCGCUGUUUUCCGCAACCUCAGCUUUUCCACUGUCAUGAUGUGCGAGGCGAGCCAGAAAUGUUCCUUGCGCCUUCGGAUCAAAACAACUGCACACCUUGCCAAGUCCAUCCAGGGCUUUUCCAUUUGCUCCGAGACGCCGGGAAAGCCGCAAAAGUGCCGAAGCAUCAGCAUCUCAAAAGUGUCCAGGCGGAAAAUGGCAGGGAUGGAGGUGGAGGUGGAGAACGACUGCAUUGACGUUUCUCCGCGGCAGAAAGUGAGAGUCACCGUCACUACGUUCCCGAGCUACUGUGGGAUAACCCAGACUGGGACUUACGUGGCUCCAGACUGCUCAUGGAAAGAUCUGAGAAGAAACAUUCCAGAAUGCACCACUGGUCGGCUCUGGCACGACGUCGACCUGGAUCGGAAGGAAGUACGCGUCGGGGUCACCGAGGCCCUGCAGGGUCACGACUACCACGUGCGACUCUGCCGGAAGGAUUUCAUCUGCGUCGGCACCGGCGCCAACGCUAUGAUCAAGAAAGAAGAGCCCGACAAGAGCGUGGUUCUGUCUUUCUCCAGACCGUUGCCGUGCCUGUGCAUUGAGGGUUGGCCGGCCGUGAUGGACGCCCCCAGAGUUCAGGUCUGCCCUUUCAAAGACGCCUUGGAGGAGAUGUGGCACGGGAUUCGUUUCGACCCGCUGGAGGAGGCGCUGUCGUGGGAACCUGCCUGUCCGCUUUCGGCUCGGGUGACGCUGUGCCAGAGGCGGGAGGAAGACGGCUGUUCUGAUCAGGAGAGCGUCUGGCGCGAUAUCAGCAGAGAAAUGAUAACAUUUGCAAAAGUGGACCCUCACCCUCAACUGUGCAUGAAGUUCACUGCAGGGAACCAGUCUUGGAUCAGGUGUCCUUUUGUCAAGAGUCUCCAAGUGUGGGACGUGACCUUGGCGCAACAAGGGUCAACUCUGACAUCACGCAUCAACGCCACUUUCUCCAUCGACGCGUGUAGGCCCUCUCAAGACUCGACCGUGUGUCACGCAACUGGGACCGGCGUGACCGUGCAAGUGGGGGAGCGCUCAUCCGUCAGCUUGAACCUGACAGACGUCCACGAUUGUGUUCUUGUGAGGAGGACUGAUGUGAAUUACGCCGCCACCGUCCUUCACUGCCCCACCCAGCACGUCAGUCAAGGGUCAACUCUCGGAACACAAGCCGGCUGGGACGUCGUCUCACUUGGUCUUGGCCUCGCCACGAUCAGCGUGGUCGCCUUGGCGUUUCUUUUGACGAUCGCAGUUGAUCGAAGGAGAAAGGAAACAAAGAUGAAGUGCGUUGGAAAACACAACAAAUUCUACACUUCUGAAUGUGACUUUCUAUGUGAAAAUGAAUAAAAGACAAGAAAAAGGUCAAACUAUUUGCUUUCUUCCACGGAUCCAAACAAGCCAGUGAGCCAGCGUUCCCGGCGUGUAAGUAAACACUCUUUAUGAACUCGUUAAAAUGUCCCAAUGAUAUUUUUUAAGUCCGAGUUCCCGUCAAUCUGUUUUGAACUCUCACUUGUUUCUCAACGUGUGCACGUGUCACUCCACUUGUUGAUAUGUUUGCGUCAUGAGUUGGAUCUUCCCGUUCAAAGUCUGCACGUCAGUCAUGCCAUGUUAUUGUUCUAUAAAAAGUAACAAAGAUAAAUCAGCAUGCACAAGUCCAUUAAAGAAAAGUCAAAAUAACCAACAGUGAUGUAGUAGCAUAAGUGUGCACCCCCUCUUAUAACUAAGAGAAAUGGGAGUCGGGACCCACCUGCCUCCUUGUGAAUUGUCUCAGAACAGGGGUGUGUAGACUUUUUAUAUCAAAUAAAUACUGAGAAUACAACUGUACUUCAAAUGAGAGAAUAUGCGGCCUGCACACUUGGGAUUACUUAGAAACGUUGUCGUUCCUGCUGCUCUCGGACUCAACAGAAACAAGGUAGGUCUUUUGUAACCCGUAAUAAAUGUCAAAAGAGUUUCCGUAAAA